AUGCGACUUUUGGGGUCUUUGUGUGAGACAUGUAAUAUGUAUAUUCAAGAAGUUUCUGGCAUUCAACUACAUUUACAAGAAUAUAGUGAUAGUGAUGAUUAUGUAUUGAGUUCUAUGGCGGGGAAAAUGAUGUCGAAGUAUAAUAAGUAUUGGGGGGAUCUUGAUAAGGUUAACGUGUUGUUGUUUAUUGCUGUUAUACUUGAUCCACGAACCAAGUUAGGGUCAUUGGAAUAUUGGUUCAAAGAUGUUCUUAGUGUUCAUCAAUGUACUGAUAUGAUGAUAAAAUUGAAGAACCACCUUCAGAAAUUAUAUGAUCACUUCGACACUGGAGAGAGUUCAUCUCGAGAUGAACAUAGUAGUGCAUUUGCUCAAGGUUCCUCAAUGGCAGAAGAAACUGAGAAUCGUUCAUAUCACUUGAUGAAUAGGUUUCAUAAGUAUCUAAAUUCUAAAAGUGAUGUUCAAAGCAAAUCGGAGUUAGAUCAGUAUUUGAUGGAGGAGGUUGAAAAACCGAAUGUGAACUUCGAUAUUUUAAAUUGGUGA